UCCGGUUCAUGCUACUUCCAAGCAGCUGAUUACCCAAACAAGUCAUGGCGGAGAAGGGAGCUGAUGGAUCCGCGAAACCUGCCCCGGCGACGGAGCAGCAGCUCCUCCGCCGCCGACAGGAGCUCGACUACUGGAAGAAAAACGCAGCGCGGCUGCGCGGCCGGAACCUGCUGACCGGCCUGUCCAUCGGGGGGUUUGUGGUCGGCAUGUUUAGCUACACCAUCCUGUCCGUCAAACAGGAGAGAAUCGUGGAGGAGCUUGAUGAUGAAGUCAAGAUCCACAUCCACAGCGGGCCAAGGACGGGGGCCAACUCCUGAUGACACUGACCACGAACCGUGCUGGACUCGCUGCCGGGCCUCUGUGUGGCUUCCGUGGGCCAUGUGGUGACAUCACGCCGGCUGUGAUAUAUCAUAUGGCAUAUCCUCGUGCUAAGAGGGAAAUGUUGCCCAUUUUUAUCCUGAUCUGUCGCCGGUAACCUGAAGAGGUUCAUUUGCAAAUACCAAGCACAAUGCAACAAUACCAAACCGGUUGAAAACUGGCAAAGUCUCUGUUUAAAGACAUUACAUAAGGACAUUACAGAUGUUUUCUUUGCUGCUUUUCCGUUUUAAAAAGGCAUACAAAACUAUUGUUGAAUUGUGAACUAAUGUCUGCUUUAAUAUAAACCUACUUUAAAUAAAGUGUAGCCUCGGCACAAUGAGGGGGGGGAACCUUUUUGCAGAUCCAUCAUUUCUAAAUAAAUUCCGAUUUUUUUUCUAAAACA